AUGUCGAACCAGAACUCGGACGAGAAGCCAGGAAUAGAUACGGUUGAGUCCGUCAACAACAAUCUUCUAGACACCGAGAAGGGGUCAACUGCGCGAAUCAUAGACGACAUCCGCGUCAUUGGCCUGACUGAGGAUGAGGCCGAGUUUUACGCGAGUUUCUCUCCUCAGAGAAGAAAGAAUGUCACAAAAAAGAUAGACCGGCGAUUAGUGCCAAUAUUGGCCAUUCUUUAUCUCAUCUCGCACAUUGACCGAGCCAACAUCGGCAAUGCCAAAAUCGAAGGUCUAAACACUGAUCUCGGCCUCAAUGGUCUGCAAUGGAACAUUGUUCUCUCUUUGUUCUUUGUUCCAUACGUCCUUCUUGAGGUCCCGUCCAACAUUCUCCUCAAGAAGUUCAGCCGCCCCUCUCGGUACCUUGGGACACUUGUCAUGAUAUGGGGCAUCAUAAUGACCCUACAUGGAGUCGUCCAGAACUUUGGAGGUCUCUUGGCUGUACGACUGCUUCUUGGCACCUUUGAAGCAGGCUUCUUCCCGGGCGCUGUAUAUCUCUGCACCUUUUGGUAUAUGCCACGAGACUUAUCACAGAGAAUAUCAUGGUUCUAUUGCACGAGUGCCCUGUCUGGAGCAUUCUCUGGCCUUCUUGCCGCUGCCAUAGCCAAGAUGGACGGUGUUGGGGGAUACGAGGGCUGGAGGUGGAUCUUUCUCCUGGAGGGGAUCGCGACGGUGUUUUUGGGCGUCGCAACAUUUCUCUUUCUCAUUGACAGCCCCGCUCUGAGCACAAAGUGGCUUGAUGCCGACGAGAUUCGCUUCCUGGAGCUGCAGUUGUGCAUAAAGCAAGGUGGCCGUCAGGUGUCAGGUGAAACAGUGAGCAAGUUUCGAUGGGACGAUCUCUGGGCCGUCCUAGGCAAUUGGCGCAUCUAUCUUCAGAUUUGCAUACUUUUGUGUAACUCUGCCUGCAGCUAUGGUACCAAAUUUACUCUCCCCUCGAUAGCCGAAGCCAUGGGUUUCCAAAACACCGACGCUCAGCUGAUGACUGCCCCGCCAUACAUCUGUGGUGCCAUCUCAACUCUCAUAUUCUCCAGGCUAUCAGACCGCUUCUAUUGGAGAAUGCCCUUUAUUUUCAUCCCCCUGCUCUUCAUUGCUGUGGGAUACAGUAUUCUCAUUGGGCUCAAGGGGGACCUCGAAGGGCAACUUGGGGCUUCAUAUACUGCCGUCAUCCUCACGUGCAUUGGGAUAUUUCCCCUCCAACCCAUUGGCUCCUCCUGGAAUGCCAAUAACAUUGCGCCCACCUCUCGCCGGGCUAUUGGUGUUGCCUUCAACAUCGCUUCCGGAAACAUUGGAGGCAUCAUUGGGAGUUACAUCUACCUUGACAGAGAGAGCCCCUACUACUGGACUGGAUUUGGUGUCAGUCUGGGUAUUAGUGUGCUGGCCCUUGUGGCUUCUGUGGUUCUCGAGCUCAGCUACAAGACCAGCAACGAUCGCAAGGCUAAUCUCACAGAAGAAGACGUCCGUUCCAAGUACUCGGAGGAGGACCUUCUGCGGUUGGGAGAUAAGAGUCCCCUGUUCAAGUACAUAUUGUAA